AUGACAAGAAGAAAUAAAAAUUACCAAAAUUUUAACCGAAACAAUCGUGGUGGUGGUAGUAAUAAUAAGGGUAAUAACCCUCACCAACAACGUUCUAAUGCACACAUUUUACCACAAGAUGUUGAGAAUAGACAAACUGAAACAUUAAACCAAACUUUUAGUUCUUCUGUAUUAUCAUAUCGAAGAAGUGAUGAAAUAGUAUUCGCUAACGCUGAACUUGAUUAUCAAUUAAAAGACCUUUGGAAACGUUAUAAAAUAAAGGGAUUCCUUAAUCAACAUCAAAUCAGACGGUUUAUUAAUUCUUGUCUUUUUACAGUUGAUAAAAAAGUCGAUCAUGAUGUUAAUGAAUUAACUUUGGAGUUAGGAAAUGAUAAUGGGUUAUUACAAAGAAUAAAAGAAAUAUUAAAAUAUGAAGUAUCUGUUGAUGCUGGUCUUCAAGCUAAUGUAGCCUCAUUUCAACGUGUUACUUUGCCAUUUUUUGCUUUAUUAACACGUUCAGCUAUUACUGGCAGUACUUGUGUAACAAGUGUUCAUGCAAUUUAUUAUUUGAUCUAUAAUAAUUUGGAUUCGUUCAUUUUACAAAAAGUUAUUCCCAUGUUGGAAAUUAUUGUUCAGAGAAAAUCAAUAGCAGAUAAACACACAAGUCAAGAUGAAUUAUUAAAAGAUGAUGCUAUCUCUUUUAUUCCAACUUCAAUUGGUCAAUUCUUCUUGGUUUUAAUAAGAUUUGUUAAUGAAUUAUUAAAUCGUAUUAAGGAAGCAUCAAUAAAUGAAUCAACAUUUAUACUAGCAAAAAAAUUGGAAAACCUCAAAGAUUUAUGGAGAAAGUCUUUCAACAAAUCUACAAAUGAACAAAAUGAUCCAUUAAUCUCAAAUGAUAAAGGACGUGAAUUCUUCUUUGAAAUUCUAGAUAUAGAAUUCGAUGGUAUGAAGAAGUCUUUAAUAAGAACCCAAGGAAAACAAUCAAGUUAUUUAGAAAAAAACUCAUCGGAACCAGAGUCUUCAUCGCAAUCAUAUAGAGAAAAGUUUAAAUUUAUAAAUAUGAAAAGAAAUUACGAUCCACCAGGAAACUUGUCAGAACUUGGACCUCGUCAUGAUAACGAUUUUGAAGAUUUCACCAAGAUUCUAAUUGCUCCUACAAAAGAUGAAAUUCUUUGCGUACGUGAACCUUUUAUACCAACAUUUAAUAUUCCUGGAAGUUUAGAACUAUAUUGGACUCAAAAUAAUGCCGAAAGACUUCUAGACUCACAAUUUAGAUUGCUUCGUGAAGAUAUGCUUCAUCCUAUUAAAAAUGGCAUAAUUCAGUUUUUAAGUUUUAUGUCAGACAACCAAGCUGUAAAUCAAACAAAAAUCCGAGAGUAUUAUAAUGACGGUGGUAAAUUUAAUCAUAAUGGUGGUGGAUUAUAUGUUUAUUCCAAUAUCAAGUUUGAAAAUAUUUCAGUUGAUAGACGCUGUGGUUUCCUGCUCAAAGUUUCUUUUAAACAACGACAUAUGAGAUCAUCAUAUGACAGGAGGUUGUAUUGGAGAAAUUCUAAAAAAUUGAUGAAUGGAAGCUUGAUAUGUUUAUUAUUGCCACCUGCAAAUGAUAAAUCUCAAAAGGUCAAUGAUCAGUAUUCAUUUUUUUUUGGAAUUGUCGCAUCAAGAGAUGAAUCAGAUUUGUCCAAAGAACGAGCAGAAAUUGGAAUUGAACUUAUAGGUGAUUCCGUUUAUCCAAUUGCCAUCAAGCAAAUAUUUCAAAAAAAAAAUACUUUUCACUCUUCAAAUUUUAUGGUGGAACCUGCAGGGGUAUUCUUUGAAGCAUAUUAUCAUGUUCUUAAGACUAUUCAGAGUACAAGGCCAUCCACAUUACCAUUCGUACAAUAUCUGACACCACCCAAAGAGGAGGAUGAGUUAAUGGGUCUUCAAGCCCCUGUUUAUGCAAAAGCACCAGAUUUUUAUUUUGAUUUAUCAGUUUUGCUUGAAAAUAAAAGCAAGAGACUUCUUUUAGAUGUCAAAGAUCCUAACUCUUAUCGAAAUGCUAUCAAUGAACUUAAAUCUAGUAAAUUGGAUGAUACUCAAGCUGAAGCUUUAGUUUCAUCACUUUGCCGUGAAAUUGCAUUAAUACAAGGCCCACCUGGAACAGGAAAAACCUUUGUUGGUGUAGAAUUGAUGAAAGUUCUUCUUUCACAUGAAAAUCGAACUAAAGGAAAAUUUGGUCCAAUUUUAGCCAUCUGUUUUACAAAUCAUGCCUUAGAUCAAUUUUUGGAGCAUUUGUUGGAUAACGGAUUUAAUAAAAUUGUGAGAUUAGGUGGUCGUACCAAAUCAGACAAAAUAAAAAAUUACAAUCUUGAGGAAUUAUACCAUAAGACCAAUUUUAGACGAAUUCCAUCGCGUAAAUUAAUAGAAACACUUGAAAAAAUCAAAGUAAUGGUGAACAAAAUUCAGAAAAAAUUGGCUUUUGGCAAAAAAAAAUCAAAAAAUAAAGAUAAUAGCAUUUUUGGACAAUGGUUGGCUGGUCGAGAUAUAGAUAAUGCAAAAGGUUGGGAAUUUAUUCCAAACUGGGAAGAACCAAAUGGUGAUAGGCCAAUUGAAGAAUUGAUUAAAGAGACUAAUGUUUGGCAAAUGUCAAUGAUUGAACGUGUCAGAUUAUUCAAUUCUUGGACAGAUGAUUUACAUGAUUAUUGGUUAGAUUUACUUUAUCAAUAUAAAAAAAGUUACGAAAUAAUUGCAAAACAAGUUGAUCAAAUAUAUAUUCAGAAUCGACAUAGAAUUCUGGCUGAUUGCCAUGUUAUUGGUAUGACCACCAGUGGAGCAGCUAAACUUCAAUCAUUGAUCCGAUCCGUAUCACCCAAAAUAGUAAUUUGUGAAGAAGCUGGUGAAGUGCUUGAAGCACAUAUAUUAUGUUCUUUGGCACCUUGUACUCAACACUUAAUACUAAUUGGUGAUCAUCAACAAUUACGACCACAAUGUGCUACUUAUGAUUUAUCAGUUGAAUCAGAGGCAGGUAAACAAUAUGGAUUGGAUAUAAGUCUUUUUGAAAGGCUUGUUGAGGGCAGUAACGCAAUGAAAUUAAAUAAAUGUCAAUUGACAAUCCAGAGACGUAUGAGAGCAAUAGAAAUAUCAGAUCUUAUCAGACAUACAUUGUAUCCAGAUUUGGUUGACUAUAAAGAUACAUUUAAGUAUGAUAAAGUCAAAGGAGCACUCCACAAUGUUUACUUCAUUGAUCAUCGUUAUCAAGAAGACAAGAAUUUUAGCGAGCAUGUAUUACAAUCUCAUUCCAAUCAAUAUGAAGUUGACAUGGUUGUUGAAAUGGUGAAGCAUUUUAUUAAAAAUGGUUAUACAAAACGAGAUGACAUUGCAGUUUUAACACCUUACCUUGGACAAUUGAUGAAACUCCAAGAUGCCUUGUCUAAAUCUGUUAUGGUGAUUAUUGAUGAACGUGAUAAACAAAACAUUGAUGACUACAAAGAUGGUGACGAUUAUUUUGAUGAGAACAAUGUUAAAGUUGAUACUGUUAAAAAAAAUUUGAAUCAACAGGUUACAUUAAGAACUGUUGACAAUUUUCAAGGUGAAGAAGCCAAAAUAGUUAUUAUAUCACUUGUUCGAAAUUCUUUAGAUUCAAAAGAUCAUAAUCAAAAAGAAACCAUUGGAUUUUUAAAAAUUAAUAAUCGUACAAAUGUUUUAUUGUCUCGUGCAAAACAUGGCAUGUAUUUAAUUGGCAAUUCCAAGUUAAUGUCAAAGAAAUCACCAGAAAUGUGGAAACCUGUUAUUGAUAUUUUGAAAGAGCGAGACCCACCACAAGUUGGCUUUGGAUUUCCUAUAGCAUGUUGUAAUCAUCCUGAAUAUGUUAAUAUCAUUACAGAAGCUCAUCAAAUUGAGAAAGCUUCACCUAAUGGAGGUUGUCAUCUACCUUGUACACAUAAAUUACCUUGUGGUCAUGCAUGUCCAUUAAAAUGUCAUUCAGAUAAUUCAAGACAUUUGGAAAUGCCUUGUGAAAAGAAAUGUUCAAGAUUACAUCCUGGAUGUGAGCAUCCAUGUAAUAAGCUUUGUAGAAAUGAUUGUGGAAAGUGUUUAUUCCCUAUUGAUAAUUUCGAAUUAGCAUGUGGCCAUAUUUAUGAGAAUCCAAGAUGUUAUGAAGCUCGUGAUUUAUCUCUUAUAAGGUGUCGUAAAAGUGUUAAACGCAUUUUGCCAAAUUGUGGACAUGAACAUGAGCAUCCAUGUUAUAAGCUUUGUGGAGAUGAUUGUGAAAAGUAUAUAUUACCUAUUUAUGGUCCUAAAUUACCAUGUGGUCAUAGUAAUUUAUCUCUUAUAAGCUGUCAAAAAAUUGUUAAACGCACUUUGCCAAAUUGUGGGCAUGAACAUGAACAUCCAUGUUAUGAACUUUGUGGAAAUGAUUGUGGAAAAUGGUGUCCAUUCCCUAUUGAUGAUUUAGAAUUAACAUGUGGUCAUAUUUAUGAGAAUCCAAAAUGUCAUGAAGCUCGUAAUUUAUCUCUUAUACGAUGUCAAAAAAUUGUUAAACGCACUUUGCCAAAUUGUGGACAUGAACAUGAGCAUCGAUGUUAUGAACUUUGUGGGGACAAUUGUGGAAAGUGUCUAUUACCUAUUGAUGAUUUUAAGUUACCAUGUGGUCAUACUUACGAGAAUCCAAAAUGUUAUGAAGCUCGUGAUUUAUCUCUUAUAAGAUGUCAAAAAAUUGUUAAACGCACUUUGCCGAAUUGUGGGCAUGAACACAAGCAUCGAUGUUAUGAACUUUGUGGAGACAAUUGUGAAAAGUGUUUAUUACCUAUUGAUGAUUUUAAGUUACCAUGUGGUCAUACCUAUAAGAAUCCAAAAUGUUAUGAAGCUCGUGAUUUAUCUCUUAUAAGAUGUCGUAAAAGUGUUAAUCGUGUUUUGCCAAAUUGUGGGCAUGAAAAUUCAAUGAUGUGUUAUAUAUCGGUUGAUUUAUAUAAGUGUAAAAUGGUAUGUAAAGGAAAUUUACCUUGUGGACAUUUUUGUGAAAAAAAUUGUCAUGUCGGAAAAGAAUGUGGAAAUUGUAAACAACCUUGCAAUCUUGGGUGUUCACAUAUUAAGUGCAAAGGAAAUUGUGAUCAGCCAUGUAAAAUUUGUUGGGGAAAAUGUGAUUGGUAUUGUGAACAUCAAGGAAAUUGUGAAUCGUUGUGUUCAUUGCCUUGUUCACGUUUGCCUUGUGAUAUGAAAUGUGGUAAGAAGUUAAAAUGUGGACAUAGUUGUAAUGGUGUUUGUGGUGAAGUAUGUCCCAGUGAAAAAUAUUGUAUAAUGUGUGCAUCUAAUAAUAUUAAAAAACAAGAGGUUGAUUGGAAUGCUAAUAACAUGAUUGUAUUAGAAUGCGGUCAUGUCUUUACAAUGAAAAAAAUGGAUGAAAUCAUGGAAAUUCAAAAGUAUUAUUAUAAGAAAUCACACCAAUGGAAAUCAACUAGUUCAUUUACAGCAGAGCCGGAGCAUUUAGAAACUUGUCCAGAUUGUCGAUGUCCUGUUAAAAAUGUACGUAGAUAUGGUAGAAUUAUAAAAAAAUGUAUAAUCAAUUCACAAAGAAAAAAUUAUUUGCCUGAAUGGAUCCAUCAGUUUAAAAGUAUCAGUGAAAAAUUUAAUGGGCUUUACAAGAAUUUAAAAUCAAAUGAAAAAAAAUUUUUGAAAGAUUUGCAAAAUAUAAUUAGGAAUUACGAUGAUCAGGAGGAUUACACUAAUACUAAAAAAACAAAAGAAACUAAUAAUAAUUAUUUAAUUGUCAAAACUUUUGAAAUUCGAAAUAUAACGAAUCUGUACGACAUUCCUAUUAAAUACCAAAACUUAUGGAAAAAACAUAUUAGUUCAUAUUUAAAUAAUUAUGAGAAUUUGUACAAGUUCAUAUAUGAAAAAAGAUUUUCACCUCAUAUAAAUGCUUUCUUUCAUUCAUUAAAGAAAAUAUGUAUGUCAAAAUACGGAAUGACAUUGGAAGAUAAGUUUGGAAAAUUUACUGUAGAUGAACAUGGAUGUAAUUCUACAAAAAAUAUAGAAAAUUUGCAAUUGAUUGUUCAAAUGAUAGGUGGAAAUUCUAUAUUGAAAACAGAUGAAAGUUUUUAUGCUCAUAUGUUGUUUACAUCUUUUGAAGCUCAAAAAACUAUAUUAAAUGAAAUUAAUCUAGUAAUCCUAAUGAUUAUCAAGAUCACCAACAAUGACAACAAAAAUAAUGAUACUAAUAACUGGAUUCAAUUUGGCAAACGUAUUUUUAAUUCCAUGAAAACAAUUCAUCAAAUCAUUCAUCAAAUCAUGGCAAAAGACUUGAAAGAAGCUGAAAAAAAUAAUUUGAAUUUUGUUAGCAUAUCAUUGGACCUUUUGGAGAUUGAAUAUACAUUUAAUAAAUUUAAAUUUUUAGGCAUUAACAACACAGAUUGUUACGCUUUUCAAUUGGAGAAAGAUGAAAUUACAAAAAAUUUGAGCGAGAUCAUCAAUAAGAUAUCUAAGAUAUCUCCAAGCAUCACGAAUUCCAAACCCAUUAAUAAUCAUGUCACUACAAAAGCAGAAAUGUUUUGUAAAGAUAUUGAAACUUAUCAAAAACUUAUCAAUCAAAAACUUUUUGCAAAAAUAGAAAACCUUGAUGUAAUAUUGAAACAACUUUUUAAUGAAACAGUUACAAAUAUUUUAGCUGUUUACCAUAGUUCUAAAUUUAAAUUUGUUGGAAUUAUUGGUGAUGAAGAUAAAGAUGAAAAUUUUGACAAAGAAUUGCUUGCUAUUGGUGAUAACAAACUAAUUACUGAAAGAUUUUGA